CCAGACCGGCACAGCAAACCAGCAGACGGAAACUUUCCUUUGCAAGAACAAAGAACCCCAACGGCUACUUUCUACCGCCGCCGCCGCCGCCGCCUCAACCCCACGGCCAGGCCGUCCGCUCCUAUAAAGCUUCACGCCUCUCCCGUCCACCGAGAGCAAAAACUAGCAGCAGAGAGGGAUCGGUGGGAGAGAGGCCCGUUCUUCCCCGUUCUGAUCAAGAGCUCGCCGGAAGCACCGACCGUCGGCCUUUGAACGGAGCCGGAACAGCAAGUCCCCAUGGCGACCAUCCAUGACCAGCACGCGGCUGCCGCUCCGCAGCCGGCCAACAGAGGUGCCGUAGGCCCGGCAGGGAAGCAGAAGGGCGCCGCCGCCGGUGGCCGCGUUGCGGGAGGAAACAGGCGGGUGCUAGGGGACAUCGGCAACGUCGUCCACGCCAACGUCCUCGACGGCAAGAUCCAGCUGCCGGCGGGGAUCAAUCGGCCAAUCACCCGGAGCUUCGGCGCUCAGCUCUUGAAGAAGGCCCAGGCCGAACCAUCAAAGAACGGCCUAGCUGUUCCUCCAGCAGCGCGGGCCGCCCUGAAGCCGGUUGCCAGGAAGGUCCCUGUCAAGCCCGCCGCACCUCGCCCUGAGCUGGCGGCCAAGAUCGUCACCGCCUCCGACGAAAACAGGAAGCCAUCCGAGGGCGGCGCCCCCAAGAUCUCCAGGAAGAAGGCCGUACACACCCUCACGACUGUGCUCAACCAUCGCUCCAAGGAGGCCUGCGUCCAUGACAUCGACAAGCUUGACAGCGACAAUGAGCUCGCCGUCGUCGACUACAUCGACGACAUCUACAAGUAUUACAAUGUCGCCCAGCACGAGUGCCGGCCCAUCGAUUACAUCGGGAGCCAGCCGGAGAUCAGCCUCAAGAUGAGGGCCAUCUUGACGGACUGGCUUGUGGAAGUAGCCCAUAAGUUUGAGCUUAUGCCCGAGAGCCUAUACCUCACAAUGUACGCCAUCGACAGGUUCCUCUCCUUGCAGGCGGCGGUGCCCCGGCGGGAGCUGCAGCUCGUCGGCAUGGCGGCCAUGCUCAUCGCCUGCAAAUAUGAGGAGACCUGGGCGCCCGAGGUAAACGAUUUCAUUUCCAUCGCGGACAACGCAUACUCGAGGCAUCAGAUCCUGUCCAUGGAGAAGAACAUGCUCAACAGCAUGGAGUGGAACCUCACUGUGCCCACCCCGUACGUCUUCCUGGUGCGGUUCGCCAAGGCCGCCGGGAGCGACAAGGAGCUUGAACAAAUGAUUUUCUUCUUCGCCGAGAUGGCGCUCAUGAACUACGGGCUGGUGACGGCGCGCCCCUCGCUGGUGGCCGCAUCUGCCGUCUAUGCUGCUCGGUGCACGCUGAAAAGAAGUCCCAUCUGGACAGAAACCCUCAAGCACCACACCGGACUCACCGGACUCACUGAAGCGCAGCUCCUGGAGCCUGCCAGGUCGCUGGUCAAGGCUCACGCCGCCGCUCCCGAGAGCAAGCUCAAGGCCGUCUACAGGAAGUACUCCAGCGAGCAGUAUGGGCGUGUGGCCCUCCGCCCCCCAGCGGUUGCCUGGCUUUUGAAGUUUUGAUCCAGAAAGCUUGGUUUACUAUCUGAUGAAGUGAUGAUACACCAGGGUGUACAACAGCUAAUAUAUUCAUUCAUAUAUUUGAAUAGACUUCGUUCAAAGUAUUGUUUAGCGAUUUGCUUGGCUUUCGAAUCAAGAGAGCUGGGUUUUAUUUUACUUGCUCCGUAUAUUCACAGUAUUUGUUGUCUUCAUUGUAACAAUAACAAUUCAUACUAGUUUGAAUCGAAUUCAGAGUAUUCCUUUUUA